AUGGAUUCCUCAAAGGGCACACCUCCUUUCCAACAAGAAGAUAAUACCUUACGAUUCAAUAGUGUUGCUAAGGAAGAAGCUAAAAAAGAAAAACAGUAUAUUGGGGUCCGAAAGCGGCCAUGGGGAAAGUUUGCAGCAGAAAUAAGGGAUUCGACGAGGAAUGGAAGGAGGGUUUGGCUUGGAACAUUUAACAGUGCAGAAGAGGCUGCAUUGGCAUAUGACCAAGCUGCAUUCGCAAUGCGGGGUUCAUUGGCUUCCAUUAACUUCCCCAUUGAUAUUGUGAAGGAAUCACUAUUCAAUAUUAAAUACAGAUGCAAGAAUGGUUCAUCCCCAGCUGCAAUCCUAAAAGAAUCAUACAAACAAAGAGGUAAAUUCAUAAAGAAACAAGUUACCGAAGAAGAAGUGUUGGUGUUUGAGGACUUGGGGCCUGAUCUAUUAGAUGAGCUACUAUCUCAAAGUUCAGGUAAGUGA